UUAACCUAACGUGACUACGGGGAUUACACAGAAAAUCACGAAUGUCAGCUCUGGUUUGUGGUGAACGGUGCUCCACGGGAAGCUGUAGGAAAUACCGGGGUCGGUAACGGGCCGAUACACCGCGUCCAGAGAAAAAGACGGACAUAAAAGGUUCCGCAAUGGGUUUGAUGUGAGAGCUAGCGGGCUAGCUUCUCAGAAAGACAGCAUAGUCCGUGCUACAUGGAUGUCUGAUUCCCACUGAGGUGUCUCACAUCAUGAACACACUGCUGGAGGAGGACCGCUACUAGACCCAUACGAUAAUGGAGUCUUUCCUGCAGAUAGCUCCCCACUCCCUGGCCAUAGUGCUGUCCAGGGUCGGUGGUGGGGAGGCGGUGGGGGUGGCCGGGGUGUCGGAGAGCGACGAGCUGCCGAGGCACCACACUGGUUACGAGAUUUUUGCCGAUUUCAAAGCCGAGAAUACGCAGCAGCAUGUGUGGAACCAACGGAUUACCGAGGCUGUGUCCGAGACAUUCUUCCUGGGCUGGAUAGACGAGCACGUCCUGCUGAUCCAGGGGAAGGAGGACCAUCUGGAGGUGCUCAGGGAAGGAUGGAUGCGGAGGUCCCUCAAUCCGCCCCGAGGAUUCACCAUCAAGUACCUAGGUGAUGUGUCACCCAUCAGUAUGUCCCCCAUCAGCCAGUCGCAGUUCAUCCCGUUGGGAGAGGUACUGCUAUUGGCUAUCUCUGCUAUGAACUCCGCUCAUAAGCCAGUUACUCAGGAGGCUCUCACCGAACACCUGCAGACAUGUUUUCCAGGUGUUCCUACACCAACCGAGGAGGUUCUGCACCACACGCUAACCAUGCUGGUGCGUGAGCGGAAGAUCUACCCAACAUCAGACGGAUAUUUUAUUGUAACUCCUCAGACUUACUUUAUCACUCCCAGCUUAAUCCGAACCAGCUCUAAGUGGUAUCACUUAGAAGAGAGAUCUGUUGACCGACACCAGCAGCAGCAACAACAACAUCAGAACCAACAGCAGCAUCAACAGACUCAGUGCACCUCCCCUCUCUCUGGUACCAUAACUCCGUCCACCUCUGGAGGUGUGCGAGAUCGAACACACCCAAAGUCCAGCCAAAACCACGGUGGGGGUGGUGGAGAUUCUUUUCAUAAUAACACUUAUCGUGGAGACGACCCACCGAGCCACCACACUACCUUACAGCGCCGAUCCCCCAAAGACCACCGGGAAGCGUACUCGUCCCCGCACUCCCCACAAACACCUCCCCAACAAACGGGAGGUAGCACAGAAAAGAGCCGCAGCACCCUUGGUUUCGCUUUCAAGACGGACACACUAACUAAGCACCGAGGAGGGGGAGGCAGUGGGGGAGGAGGAGGAGGGGGGGGAGGAGGAGGAACAGAGGCAGAGAAACCAGCCAGUGUAGGAAGUGGUAUAAGCAGCAGAAAGUUUGGUUUAAAGCUGUUCCGUCUGAGCUUUAAAAGAGACAAGACCAAGCAAUUGGCCACCUUCUCUGCACAGUUCCCCCCUGAGGAGUGGCCGCUCCACGAUGAGGAAACGCCAAGCCAGCUACCACGUCAGGUAGAGAUGGAGAUCAUCCGCAGAAUCAACCCUGACCUUACUGUGGAGAACCUUGCCCGGCACACAGCGGUCAUGAAGCGUCUUGAAGAAGAGCGAGCCCAGAGGAGCAAAGCCUCGUCAGCCAAUCAGAGCUCCAGGAGUAGGAGAAGUGGAGGUAGACACAGAAAACAGUCCCAGGCCAAACUUAACCGCUCACAUAGCAAGACAAGGGUGUCCCGUGGUGAGCCAAGUGAUGGUUCCCACCUUGAGUUGGCUGACAGGGACUAUAGAGCUUACUCUUCAUCACUGGCUCGGUCACCAAGGGAACAUGCUCUGGCCAUGGAGCGCCAGAGGGCACGGCUUCACCUAGCACACAGCAACCCCAAUAUUCUUGAAUCCUCCCACCUACCUGUCACCCCAGAAUGGGAUGUGUCUGGAGAGCUUGCCAAGCGACGUACAGAAAUGCCUUUCCCUGAGCCAAGCCAUGGCCCAUCAGCCCACCACUCCAAAGUUCACCGCUCACACUCUCACACACAGGAGAGAAAGUCCAGAAACGAACGCAGUGACAAGGCUAAGGAACGUUCCAGGUCCAUGGACAAUUCUAAAGGACCACUUGGAGCAGGGUUGACUGGACCACCGGAUUAUUAUGAUGACAGGAGCCGUUACUAUACAGAUGAUGGCACCCUGCGAGCCAAUCAGAGCUCUUCUCACUACUCUCGUGCAACACCCCCUUCAGCUAAGCUUCCAGGGGAUUCUUCUCUCGGGUUGGAUGGUGGCAGGAGCUCAGAGAAGAACAGGAGCAGGGACAGCCUGCCUGCAUACUCGCCCAAACCACUGCCCACUUCUGUCCGUCCUGAUGAUUACUUUCAGUGCUCUGGUUCCUCUGAGGCUGUUCUCACAGCAACAAACUCACUGGGAACUAUAGGCAAAAGUAGUCAUGAUGGGUUAAAGGUAGGCAAUACUGAAAGACAAACAGACAGACAAACACCCCAUCCUCAAGAGCUUAAGGAGGACUUAAAGUUGGGACCUAAAGGGAGCAGCCUGCCCCCAAUACCUCUCAUUGUCCCUGACCCUCCUCUUCCCAAUGGACGACCGCCCCAUAGUGUCUCCUCUGUUCAGGAGAAACGUAAGGAGAUAUUUAGCAAAGACACUCUCUUCAAACCUCCACCUAGCCUACCUUUGCCUGGCUACAGCUCACUGAGAAAACCCCCGGCUCUUGCCACAUCUAUUCUGUCCAUGUCCUGCGAUGCACUUGAUUCCCAGGAGGCCUUUGAUGCUCCCAAACCUCUAGUGGCCACGCCCUCUACCCCACCACAGGGGACUGAACCCACUACUAGUGCUGCAGAGGUGUCCUUUGACUACUACAACGUCUCAGAUGACGAUGAACUUGAGGAAAGUGGAACUAAAACUCGAGGAGAGGACGAGAAAACUCGAGGAGGUGGUGUUGGGAGAGGAGGGGGUGGAGCAGGCACCAUGCAGUGGCUGCUGGAGAGAGAGAAGGAGAGGGACCUUCAGAGGCGGUUUGAACGAACCCUCACCUUCCCUGGUGCUAAAGAGAACCUUCCAGAAACUAAUCAAAACCAGCAGUCAGCCCACUCUGCUAGACUGGACAGUAUGGACUCCAGCUCUGUGACGGUUGACAGUGGGUUCAAUUCACCAAGGACAAGGGAGAGUCUAGCGUCUAACACUUCUUCAAUAGUGGAGAGUAACCGUCGACAAAACCUGGCACUGAGCCCCGGACACCUUGGCAUCACAACUGGCAACGGUCCCCCCUUCACCUUCCGUACCAUCACAGAACCUGCCGGCACCCAACCAGAAAAACUCCAGAAGCCCAACGCCUGCCUUGCAUCAAUCACCAGCGUCUAGGGGCUGAAGAAGGGGUUGGGUGGGAGGCUGAGAGCCAAUGGACAGGGGCCAGAAAAUAUAAUGUUACAAGGACUGUUACAACUUUACCCUGACAAAAUGACUGAACAAGUGGAGCUGUGACAGGUCCACUGUCCCACCCCCACCCCUCCCUCCACAUACACUCACACAAACACCAGGCCACUGGGCAGAUUCUUUACCAUGUCAUUGUACAGCCUCUAGUUUACACACUACUGUUGUGUUGUUCCACUUGCGUGGGUUUUAUUUGAUUUUUUUUGUGUGCAAGUGUGUGUGUGUGUGUGUGUGUGAUCUGUAAUCUCAGGUUAUGUUAUUUCCACUCUCCCAUUCCAGCUGCUCCGCAUCACUACAUCUCUCUCAAGCAUGUGUCCUGGUGUGCACACUAAAGAGAUGUAGCUUUGUUUACUUCUUUUACGGAUGGUACGCACACUCUCACUGAUCCAGCUUCCUAUUAGUUCUUUUCUAACAGUUACCACUGACAGACACCCUGUAAAUUGUAGGGAUGGGAAUUAACGUUCACUGAAAUACCUCUGACCAGCCCCCAGAAUGCAACAGAGUGAGGUGGGUUAGACAGUCACAUGAGGAACUUGCCACUAGGGCUGUUUUGCCUUCACUAGAAUGAAUGUGAGGAGUUCUUCUGAUGGAUACCAUGCUGCCCGCUCUGUAAACACUGUUUCUAGUCUUUACAGAAAGUAGCAGGUUCACAUCCUAGGAUGAAUUUCUUUGAUUUCUGACUGUUUUAAUCUGCAUUUUCCUGCCCUUUUGUUUUACUGCUCAUGUCCACUGGCUGCAAGUGCAUUAUAUUUCAGCAUUGCUUCGGCUGCCAGAAACAAUUCUCUUCCAUUUAAGCCAGUGCCACUAAAAAAAUGCUAUUUUAACAAGCAAAUAAGGUUUUAUUGACGUCUCAGGUUCAAAUUUGGUGGUACAGCUACACAAAGACAUAACCGUCUUAAAUGAAUGCAUUAUUAUUACAAUAGGUCAAUUAAAUAAUCCUAAAAAUCAGUGAUGUGGAGUCAUGGCAAGUAGUGUUUGCCCAGUCUUAUUGAGGUCUUCAAUCUGAUCUCAAAGCACAGUUUUGUUCCUUUGGAAUCUGAUGUUGCCUGCAUGUAUUAAUGUUUAAUUUACUGCCAUCUAGUGGCAGCGGUGGGUAAUUGUCUCUGGAAGUUAUUUUACAUAUCUUCAAGCCGCUUUCAUGUGUGGGACUGUUCUGUUUACAAAAACAGAGCAGAGCUGGUUUUGGAGAUUUAAAGCUGGGAUCUGUGAUGUGUGUGUGUGUGUGUGUGUGUGUGUGUGCUAUAGAAGGUGGGCUUUUGUGAAAACUACUUGUGCAUUAGAAAGUUACUUGAACAGUGUUAAGAGAUCUGAAGUAAGUUUGACAAGUUUUGUCAGAGAAUGUUAUCACACUCAUAAAGCUGAAAGUCCAGUAUAUUAAUUUACAUUAUUUACAUUACUUUAGCCUCCACAAUAUAAGAAAGUUCGAUUGUCCAUCAUUUAAGAAACUAUUACAUUUAAGAAAAUUCUAUGAAUUUUCUAAAAAAACAAACAAAAAAAGAAACAUCCUUGACUCAGCAUAUGUCAUCUCAAAAUGUUUAAAUAUUUAAUCUAGAGAUAUACACACUAUUAUUACUGCCUUAAUAGUAAUUUGCCCCAAAUUGGUGUACUUCAGUGUAGGUAUGUAAAUCAUUAACCGUCAAUUAAUUUCCAUUAGGAAUUGAAGUGAUUGAGAAUUGAUUUGUUUGUUUUUGUCUGUGUCAUUUCUCUGGACCUCACAUCCGGUGUAUUUAUGACCUCUACUAGCAGAAGGCGCACAUCAACCAAAGCACAGAAGAGGUCAAAAUGCCAGGACGUGAAGGUUGAGGUUGAGUCAGAGGACAGUGUGGCUACAGCCAUGAUUGUUGCUGCUUGUGGAUCACUACGUUUCAAAUGCAUCUGAUGGCACUGAAACAGAAAGAAGAAGGUUUCCUCUGGAUUUAUAUCUUAUAGACUCAAAAACAAACACACCACAUGUACUCAGGUUAGUUAUUUAAUAUCUCUGUAUCACACUGACAUCCGGGUCAUCAGAGAGACUUUACAUAGUUUUGAGGGAGAUGGCAUAUUGAUUAUUCAAAACAAAUGUGUGCACUAGACCUCUGGUAGCUGACGUCAUGCAAUCCCAUCAUGCAAAGCGAGUAGAAGACAGACAACACAUGUAGCGUGAUCACGUUAUACCAAGCACUGAAUCAUGACGCUCAAGUUAAGGGAGACUUAAGGGAGAAAUGGUGUAAGUAAAGCCUUACCUGACAUUUAGAAAACUUGAAUUCUGUUUAAAAAAGUUAGGGGCAUGAUCUUUGUAAGUUAAGUUUCCCCUUAACUGUCAACUGGGAAGUUGGCAGCAAAACUACACUAAUUAACGUCAGUAACUUGUUCAUUUUACAUGCUUUUAUUGCCAUGUUUAAGCAAUCUCUGGACUAGAAUGAGGGAAAGUUUCUAAGAACAGGUCUGGAAUGAUGUCUGUGUUUAUACCCGUGCACCUGGGCGUAUUGUAAGGAUCAAAUGUUCAAACUCAAAUUUAAAGUGUGCAGUGACCUCUUAAAGCUCAUUUUUCAGGUGAGCAAACUGAGUCAUGCGACGUCCAGAUGUCUGUCUAUGCAGCCAGUAAAAAGAUGAUAUUAGAAAUGUUUUGACUGACAUGCUCUUCAGCUUCACUCUACCUGAAGGUUUUUGGAAAUGGUGGAUGAGAGGAGAGUAUGUGUGGACUCAUGAGGAAACAUUGAAACAUAAUGUAUCAGCAGCUUCUGGUCACUUAUGUCACUGAGACGUGCCUAUCUUAGUCAUGUUCUGUGGCGACCUACUGCUUGUGAAGCUAACGUGAUGCAGCUUCAACCAGUGGACAUGCUUUUUAAUCUAAAUAAAAUCACAUGGGCAUUUAAAGCAGAUGGAUAAUGAACUUGAAAUCAAAGGUUUGAAUCCAGGAAUUGGAGGAAGUAGAUUGUGCUGCUUUGUUUAAGAUCAGUCGUGAGUAUAUGAGAGUACAUAUGCGGUGGCUGAGCAUCCAACAGAGAACUCCUCAACUUCUCAUUAAUGUUAUACACAAGUAGGGGUGUGACUUGAGUUGAAUUUUUCUUGUUUGUUUUUUGCAUUACCAUUUAUUAGUAUUUUUUAAACAUUUCCUUUUAUUUGUAUUUUUUAAACUUUACCAUUUAUUUGUGUUUCUAUCACGUUAAUGACCACUUGACCAUUUCUUGAAACAGUUUGAAUAACAUCUCUGAGCCACUCUUACUCUUGGUGCUAAGAUCUAUUAUGGUCUGUUCUGGCCAUCAGUAGUGAUCAUAAUAAAGAGAGUAACAAUAAUGUUAUAAUUGGACUAUUAAAUGGAUGCUUACACUUGUUUCAUAGUUAAUAACUUGCAUACUUUUAGCAAGGGCCUUUUAGUCUCCUGUAUGAAGCAUUUGGUUGAACAAGCCUGAGAUUGAACAGGUAGUGACUGAACUGGUGGACACAUGGACACGUGGACAGACAGAUGGGACAAAUACUUACAGUGGCACAGAGACAUGUGAAAUAAGACCUGCAUUUCAAAUACACUAUACAUCACUUGGUAAUGGACUAACACUGCUGUUGUGUUACCCACAUGAACGCGUGAGUAUUUGGUAGUUAUUACAAUAUCAUUACUAGUCAGUAUUAAAUACAGCAAUACAUGUGCACCUGUUACCCACAACCUGGAGCUCAGUUUUUUGUUUUGAGUUAUAUUAAGCGUGUAAUAUUUCAUAACUUCAUCUUGCACAAUUGUGACGCUUUCACAGUGACAAAUCCAAGGACACGGUGGGUGUAUACAAACAUAGUUUUACAAGCUGAAAAAUGUGCGCUUUCUUAUAACGUCCCACAGUCCUAGAGACAUCAUUUCUCCUGUAGGCUCAGGCAGAUGUCCACAUCCCUGUGUGCUCCACUAUAACUACCUCCACACCACAGCCCAUCAUUCCCACUAUCACACCGUCAUCAGCCUGUGAAUGUCCACACAAACACUGACACAUGACUUAUAGUAUGAUGAUACAGGAGAGAACCUGAAGUUGUCUUCUCACUUUCAAAAUGUGCCUGCUGUGGUGAGAGGCAUGUGAAGGUAGGUCUCACAUUCAGUCAGGACAUGCAAACUGUACAGUACCUAAUAUAAGUUAACCUUAAAGGUUUAUGUAUAUAUAUAUAGAUAUAUAUCUAUAUAUAUAUACAUAUAUAUAUAGAUAUAUAUCACUACGACUGGAUGUCAGACACAGAUUGCACUCACCCAUACAGGCUGCAUGUUGCUGAGCCUUGUCUUUGAUUUGGUCUUUAAGAACUGGAUCAGAAACACACCCCACAGUGUCAGUGGGUGAGCAUGAGCGUUGAGGAUAGACAUGCACUGUAGUGGAAUAUAAGUGGAGGUUCACCUGAGAGUCGUGUUGUUCGACAGACGUAAUGAGGGCCGGUGGUUUCACAGGUACAGACUUGUAAUCACUAACAAGUUUAUGCACAUACUGUACACGGUGUGAACGCACACAGUUUAACCUAAAUUGUUUCUGCUCAGGAAAACAUUACUCCACCAUAUCUUCCAGUGAACGUACUUACUGGUCACUAUUAUUACUACUAUUACUAUUUUAAUUCCUACAUAUACAUAUGUAACCUUUAGGUGUGCAGUUUUCUUUUGAACAAACUAAACUAUGAUUUGUUGAGUGACUAAAUUCAGACACACGGAAAAAAGUGGUUGACAAUCAAACAAAACUAUACUUCACUUGGUUACACCUUAAAUGAAUUUAGCAAAUUGUUUGAUUUAACUUGUUUUCUUGGAAUUAAUUUCAGGUGUUACCAAAUUAAAUAAUGCUCUAAAGUUUGUCCACCAGUUGAUUGAAGUGUGUUCCUCCACAGUCUGUCAGUGCUGUCUUGUUUUGUGUCUUUGACUCCGUUCACACCUGGUGUUAACAUCUGUCCUGAGUGAUCAGACCAGAUGUCUGAACGGUCCUAAUGUGUCCUGGAUGCAUCCUCAGAUCUGAUCACAGAAACCAUAUUUUGAGGUGGUUUGAGGAUCCAUUUGGAUCCACAUUCCUGAGCUGCAUGAAUGCAGUGUCCUCAGCUGACGUCUGAUCAGUGCCGGCUCAUUUACCUGUGCAUUCAUUUAUUUCAAGCCAUUAUAGUACUAACACUAAUCACACACACACACACACAGGUCUGUUCAGCUAUUGUUUUAAGGACUGUCAUUUGUACAGAAUAAACCUGGCAUUAUCACUAACCUUAAUCAUAACCAGUUAAUGCCUAACCCUAAACUUAACCUCAGUUCAAACCUGAGCCUUAAACAGUUCAUCAGAAAUGAGGUUUUGGUCUCCAUGAGGACUACUGGUCCUGACAAGGUCAGUGUUAAUACCAGGUCUGGACAGGGGACACACUUUCAGUCUAAACAGUCAUUGUGUUGUAAUUGGUUGUUGAACAGUAAUGAUUUGGAAGUGUUGGGUGUGGAAAGUUGCUAGAACAUUUCAAACACACACACACACACGCACACACACACACAGUCACUACUACUAACCCAGCCCGACAGGUCUGAUGUAUAAUAUGUUAUUGAGAUCAAAGACAUAGAUUUCUAUCAUUACCACAUUCACUUCUGUUCUACACCUUAUCACGUCACAUGGAUACUUGUACCACUGAAAGAUUUCAACUUGUCCACUACUGUCCUUGGUUUUUGUCCCCAGUGCUGAUAGGGUCUAAAUUCUAAGAGGCAAUAAAACCCAGGGGGCGCUACCAUAGUUUGUAGUUGACCAUACUGAGCAGGCUUUGAAUAUUCAAGUUUCUGUCGAGGGGUAAACUGUACACACUAUCUGUAAUAGUGUUGGGUUUUUUCUUUCCAGUCCAUUACAAGGUCCUCAGCAGGAAGUCUUAAAGUCCUGACCAGAUCCACGCGGUGGGGCUGUGAUCUCAGCUGUGUAUCAGCUGCCUGGUGGAGUUCAAACGUUGUUUUUGUUCCUGUUCCUACAAAUACAGCACUUUCACUCAACAUUUCACCACUAAUAUUAAUUUGACACCAGGACUCGAGUUCUUGUCCACACAGUGCAGUUUCAGUGGAGUUCCUGUCUUUGCUCCACCAGUAAAAUAGGGCUGCUCUCUCUGCCUGGUGGAGGUCAUGGGUUCCAUCCCUCACAUCUGUUUGCACUGCACCCUCCCUCCCUCCGUUCUCCCCCGCAAAAUGUCUGGCCCAGUGGUCGUCCAUGAACCAUCAUCCCCUCCAGCCACCGUCCUGUUACCUGACCCUUUUUUACAAUGACAGUCCAUCAAAUGUCUUCCCUUAACAUCAGCGGUGGUAUAUAAAACUGGAGGUUCAAUAACAUUAAUUUUAAUGGUGACGGUAUGCCAUACCUGUAAAUGAUGUUUAUCUGUCAUGCCUAGUCAAAUAAUUUAAACAAUAAAGAGAGGGAUUUUUAAAAUGUCUAUAAUAUCUGAAAGUCCCUUUGAUGUGUAGUACUGGUGUUACCGUUGUUGUAGUGUAUGUGAUACCCCAUGGGGAUUGUGUUACUUUUUAAGAUAAUGAAAUAAAAACAUCGUUUGGUUACACCACC